CACCACCAUUUCACCAUCCCAGAUUCUCUCUCUACUCCCAAAUGGCGCUUCGCAGAUCUCUUUCGAAGCGCCUCUUCUCCGACACCACCCCUCAAUUUCCAUCUCCAAUCAGAAUGCACUCGCCUUCUCCUCCGCCGUCGCCGGCCCACCGCCACCGCGGAUCCGUGUCUCCCAGCUUCUUCCGCCGCUUCCUCCAGCGUCGGGCGUUGAACAACCACUCCGCCCCCAACGCCCUCCCCUCUAUUCUAUCGCUCCCCGUCGGCGAUAAGCUGAGGGAGAAGCUCAAGUCGAUGAGCAUCGCCGGCCACCAGCUCCCCUGUCUCGGCGAGGACGGGGGGCUCCGCGUGAGCGCCGCCGACGCCAAGAGGGUGUUGAGGUUCGUGAAACUGGAGGUUGUUAGAGAGAGACUCAGGAAUAUUCCGGCAACUACGCUUCCAUACCCCGAGUUUGUACGGAUAUGCGUCGACGCCUGCGGCUGCACGGAAAUGGGUGCGGAGUUCGCUAAGACAUUGGAUCACUCCGGGAACGUCAUCGUUUUGGGUGCUGUCGUUUUUCUCCGCCCCGAUCAGGUGGCAAAAUCAAUGGAGGCACUAAUUUCGCAAUCAAUAGCGAUGCCUUCCGACCCGAGAAGGAGAGAGUUGGGAAAUCUGGAGCAGCAAAAGUCGGCUAUAGACGAAAAGGCCCGAUCUCUGGUGCGAGCUGAGCUGUAUUGCGGGCUGGGCUUUUUGGCCCUCCAAACAUUGGGCUUCAUGAGGCUUACAUUUUGGGAGUUGAGCUGGGAUGUGAUGGAGCCCAUUUGCUUCUUUGUGACGUCGCUCCAUUUUGCGUUAGCCUAUGCUUUCUUUUUGAGGACUUCCACAGAGCCCUCUUUUGAAGGCUAUUUCCAGAGCAGGUUCAAAGCUAAACAACACAAGCUCAUCAAACUCCACAACUUUGAUGUGGACAGGUAUAAUAAGCUUUGCGAGGCUUUUUACCCUAAUCGAUGCAACCGCAAAAUUGGAAACGGGCCCUUUCUUAGGGAUUGAUGUUAGUACAUGUGGAAGAGGAGAAACUUGUGAUUUUGUUAUUAACUGAGUUUGUAUACUUGGUUUAUAUCAAUUAUGUAAAUUGGAUCCUUCUCUCUCUCUUUUUUCGUGGACAGAUCGGAUCAUUUCGUCUCGUGUUGUAUAGCAAUCCUAUUUUAGUUUAAUAUGAUAAGGAAAAGGAAGCAUAUAUAUUAGUAUUCUCUUCUUGAUUUUGU